AUGAAUAAUGUCGAAAAAGAAAUACAACAGUUCGAGAACAGUGAGUAAAUUUAUAGAAUAAGUAGCGUAUGGAAAAUGAAGCCUCUCAAGAUUAUUCAAAAAAUAGCUAUUUUUAUCACAAAAAUGAAACACUUUUCCCCUAUUUAUAGAUUUAAGAUUUUGAACAAGAAUAUAUUUUACCUGAUUAGGGAUCGAACUAGUUCAUUUUAAUAUUACCUAUAUAGUCGACUGUUAGAAAAUCAGCCUACAAGGUUUGGUGAAAUCAAGUACGAAGCCAAAUUAAUGAAUGCAAUUUGGUGGAGACUAUGGUCAUUCCUUAAAAGUAAUCAAACUGUAUUAUUACCUGCUGACAAAUUUCUAUUUGUGUGGGAUGUCAUCUUAAUGUUUGUGACGAUUGUGAAUAUAUUGUAUGUUCCCUUCUAGUUGUCAUUCGAUUUGGGCAAGGAAGAAAUUGGAAAUGCUUACUUAUUGUUUAGUACUCUUCCAAGUUGCAUAUUUUUAAUCGAAUUAAUCUUGAAUUUUUUUAAAGGCUAUUAUGUCAGAGGAAUAUUACAUACUUCCAAACAUGAUAUAUUUUGGCAUUACGUAAAAGGAGAGUUCAUUCUUGAUCUCACAGUAGUGCUACCCUUCAUAAUCUCAUGGUUCGGCUACUCAUUUGCCAAUUACCUUAUGUUGAUUCGCAUGACCAAGGUAAGAAGGACUAUGGUAGUCAUAGAAGAGAUCUCUAAUUUCAAAGAAAAGACAGCAGUAAUAUAUUCACUAUUCUGCUUGAUUUAUUCGCUUUUGCUGAUAUCUCAUUUUUGUGCAUGUUUAUUUCAUUACUUUGCCAUUCUUGAAAUAGAUAAUGGAUACUCACACACUUGGCUGCAUCAGCAAGGAAUAUACGAAUCAGAUGCAUUUGUAAAAUACUUUACUUCGUUGUAUUGGGUAACCAUAACCUCAAUGACUGUGGGAUAUGGAGACAUAGUACCUGUGACAACACCUGAGAAAAUACUUGUAACAUUUAUGACAUUUCUAGUUGUGGGUACAUUUGGAUAUGCCUUGGGAAUGAUUUAGAGCAUAUUCUACAAAUUAGCUGAAUAACAAAAUCUUAAUAAUGCUAAACUUAGAUUAGUGAGCAAUCACAUCAAAUAGAGGGGAUUAAAUACCUAAUUGCAAUUUAGAGUUCGGAAAUAUAUUGAAUAUUAUUUGUAAUUUAAAUAAGAGGAGGAAUUAGAUUUGGAUGAAUUGAUGGGACAAUUGAAUCCAAAAUUAAAAUAGGAAGUUCAAAUAGCAAUGUAUUUCAGUUAUUUCAAGAAAUCGAAAUUGUUAGGUUCAAAUCUUUCAGAUGAAAUACUAAAAAAACUAUGUUAUUGUGUUCAUGAAAGAACCUAUGCCCCUGAAGAAUUUAUAAUCAAGAAGGAUGAUCAUCCUGAGAAACUCUACAUUGUGCUCUCAGGAAAAAUCAAAUCAGUUUUGUUGGAUAGGACAAUCAAAAGAUAUGUAAGUGGUAAAUUAGUUUGUGAAAGAGAAUUCUUCUUUUAGGAUUAGAUGCAAUUUGACAUGGUGGCCUAAACAUUUGUCUAAGUAGCUUAUAUCAAUUAAAAUGAUUUCUUGAAUAUUCUUUAGAAAGACACAAGGUAGUAUGAAAAGUAUAGACUAAUUUUGGAUGGAACCUAAUUUGGAGACAACAACAAUCAGAUAAUUUGCGAGGCAUGUUCUAGUCAUCAUCAAUUCAAACAUUGUCCAUUAGUUUUCUUUAGGAAAAAUAAGAAUAAAGUUAUCUCAAUUUACAAUAGCAGUGUUGACCACGAAAGGCAAAUGUAUAUGAGAUAGAGAAAGAAAAGAAGGUUUAAUUCCUAAUUGGUUAAGGAAAGAGCCUUUGAAUAAUUUCUAGAGUAGAACAAAACACUUGCUGUGGUUGACAACAAGCUUCUCAUUAGAUUAGGUUUGCAAAGAAAUGAUGAAGACGAAGCAUCAUAUCCUGAUUAGACUUCAGUUCAUGCUCCUCAGUUAACUCCACAAAAUCAGUUAGAACAAAAAUUCGUUUUUAAGAAUAGGAUUACUAGGCAAGUGAGUCAUCGAUGUUUAUUUGCAGCUACAUCUUCAGGUAAUAAUGCCCAAGAAAAUUAAGAGGACAUUCAAACAUAAAUUUUUAAUUCUGAAACAAAUAUCGAUAAAGUAGAAGAAUACGAUUAUUAUUAUCCUCAUUAUAAUAUUACAAAAGUAAUUAAGUUGAUUAACAAUUAAAAUAUAUAUUCUAAAGUCUUGGAUAAGAUAAGAGGUCAUAAAAAUAGAUUUGCUCAAUAUAUUGCACGGCAGAUUAUGUAUAAAAUUUUAUGA